AUGCAAUACGAUCUACCACCGCGGAAGAAAUUUAAAGUGGGCGAGGCCCGUUCCAAACCUGAGUCGUCGACGCCAUUUCCGCGGACGCCUCUGGAUGGGCCCAUCAUCCAGACGGCUCCCAUCGCCCGUCUUCCCACCGAGCUCCUAACCACCAUCUUCUCUCUCGUGGGCCCCUAUCAGAGAUUGAUUCCAUUUUCCGACGAAGGCGCAAAGACGUGGAUGGGAUGGGCACGGCUCAUGCUGGUGUGUCGGCACUGGCGGAACGUCGGUCUCUCGACUCGGUGGUUAUGGCGCAGGAUCGGCGUCACCAGUAACCUGGAGGCUCUGCAGUACCGCCUCUCGCGCACGGUGGGCUGCACCAUCGAUGUCAUAUUUUCCAGCUAUUCCGAAACCAACGAAAGAGCCGUGCCUCUGCUGCUGCCCUACGCGCGCAGCAUCCGCUCCGUCCAGAUGCCCGAGUGGUCGCUAGGGUUCUACGAGUCCGACAACCUGCCCGCCAUAAAACCGCUGUUCGAGGUUCCCCUCCCGGCGCUCGAGCGCAUAGAUCUAAGCGGGCUUCCGUUGCUGCGCGGCCGUCCACUCGACACGCCGUUCGACCUGGGACUGUCGGAAAAGCUGCAUCCCGGUGUUCGUCGGCUCGUUAUGCCCUCUCACAUCAAGAUGCCCUCUACGCCAACUUUCUGGAGUGCACUGCGCGAGCUCGACAUCAGCUCCGAGAGGUAUGACGGUCGGCAGGCGUGCUUGGACGAUUUCCUCCAAGUUGUGGCCGGCGCUCCCUAUCUCGAGUCUCUGGCAGUCUUGGGCACCCUGACGUCACGCUCGCUGCGUAGGAAGGAUACUCCCACCUCGGGCGAUGAUGUCCCCACCUCGCCGUAUCGGUUAGCCAGACUUAGGACGGUCCGUCUCGAAGGCGAGCUCGCCUUCGUCGCCCCGAUCCUGCAGAGGAUCGACGCGCCGGCAUUGUGCGUCCUCCACAUCAGCGCCUGUAUACCUCCGGAUGCCGACAUCGCCGACUCAGCCGCGCUGCUGUUCCCGCCGCCUCUCCGCCAUGUCCUCGCCAAAUGCAAGGCUCUGUACGUGUCCAAGAAUGAACCGUCGGACUUCCAGAUCUGCUCGAACGCCCAUCAGAACCCCAGGAAUAUCCAGUUCAAAGCGGACGCAUUACGUGUGCCUCUGUUCUUCCAUGUCAUCAGUUACAGGCCGCUCCCCCCGCAGCUCAGCACGGUCAUAGGCGUGUUGUGCGACGGAUUCUGUACGGCACCGCUACAGACGCUUGUUUUCGAGGAGUUUUCCGAUUCCGCCCCCGUUGCCGCUUGGAGAUCGCUCCAGGCGACUUUCUCCGACUUGCAGUCUAUCCGAGUUGGAAGCGAGAGUCUAGAGCUUGUCUACAAUUUCUUCUUCGCCCUCCGAGGGCUGGCUCCGGAGGGCGGAUGGCCAUUACUCUCGUGCCUGGAGGUCGAUUUCGGCCACAUUUCUGAACAACACGACUCCUUGGCGUGGCACCGAGUCUUGCAGCCCCUGGUGGAGGCCACCCAUGCUUGGCACGAGCAGGGGCUGCGGCUCGACGACAUCAUUCUCCAUAGUUUGCACGCCACAGGGGAGAAAAUUGGGCCCAUUAUGCUGUACGACCAUUUCAGCCUGCGCAACCCCGUCGUCUUUGACACAUUCUCUGAUCACCACAUGGACGACCUGGUAUCAUCGCUCCUGACCGGUCCAAAACCGCGAAGAUGGUCGGGCCGGUAUACCGGAAACACUACGGGCAAGGAGGCCAAGCGUGGCUUGGCCGCCACGGAUGACACAGAGACGAGUUUGUCGGAGGUUGAUUCUACCCAGACAGAAAACCCGCUUCCAGCCUAG